AUGGAUCAGUCGCUAAAGGAUACUCGCGGCGAUAGGGGUCCUCAUAUCCACGGCGAGAGUGAUACUCAUCAAGCGGUCGACGAGGCGGUGAUCGAUAACCCCGGGCACGGUCUUCGUAAUAAUCAGGAGGCGGUGGACGCCGGCCUGGGCUUCUUUCACGAUAGCCGUCUCGAUAGCCGUCUCGACGAGGACUGUAGCCUCGAGGAGGACCUCGACGAUCAUAAUCUUCCUGAGGGGGGUAAGGGCGCCUCCCAGGGGAACGUGAUCGUGCCCUCUCCCGGGGGUAGGCGGAUCAGGUUGUGUCUGUUUUUCCUAUUGGUUAACGACCACAUCCAGAAAUCCCAGUAG